AUGUCAGAAACAUUAAGUACCAUAUUUGAAGAAUCCUCCGCCUCCUCCUCAACCCUAGAAAACUUCCAAGAGGAAGGCGCCCAACAGCUUCAUGAGACAGAUGUGAGCUUUGAGAGCUGCACUGAUGGAGAAUCAAGCCCUCCAUUGCCACCAGGCCUUACAAAACUGAACACAACAAUUAGACUGGGAUUGUAUUCUAAAGUGAAAUUUUGUAACAAAGAAAACACCGUCACAAGCGAUAUAGAUCCCGCAGAAACUACACCCAGCAUGAAUGACCCUAAUUCGUCCCGGAGCUUCAAUAAGUCUAUUAAUUUUUCUCGCUUCACGUCUUUCUUUCGCCCCAAUGCCACAUCACCAUCAAGACAACAUCUGAUCAUGAUCAUCAUGAUAUUCAUGAUCAUCAAAAUGAGAUGCUUGCCUUACGUGAGAGGGUUGCUGCUGCAGAGAUUCUUGUGGAAAAGCAGCAACUGGAGAUUGAUACUCUACGUCGGAGGCCAUGGAAACAAGAAGUAUGUUGCAAGAGUUAAAGGCUCAGAUGGAACAAUUUGUUGA